CCCAAAAAAAGCUGAAACCAAAAAGAAAACACACAAACACCAAAGCUCCAUUUUCCAUUACAAUUUCUCUCCUCAAGAACAACUUUCUUCAAAAUCGCUUCUCCCCAUCCAUUAUCGCCUUUCCGAUUCUGCCACCCAUUUCUCCGACACCUUCUCUCUUCCCCAAAAACAAAAAACCCACUUUCAUUUUGUUAAUCUCUUCAAUUUUCAUGGCCGGAAUCCCCUCUGAGGGGUUGGGCGAUGAUUUUUUCGAACAGAUGCUUGCUGUUCCACCGUCUUACGGCGGCGCUGGUGGCGGAGACAUGGUUUCUUUGCCUAUGGGACUUCAACUUGGGUCCGGUGGUGGCGGCGGCGGUAACGGCGGAGGAAUGGGUAUGCCGUUAGGGUUGAAUUUAGAACAGGGGUUUUUGAGACAAGAGAGAUUUAGAGAAGAGGUUGAUGGAGGGCAUAAUAGUAAUUCUAAUAAUAAUGCUUCUUCCUCUUCAACUGCUUCUUCCGGAAUCACUGAGAGAGAUUCUUCAAUGCAGCAUAUGACAAACUUGUUUCCGACCUUUGGACAUUUGCAAACUCAACAACUCCGACCACCGCCGCCGUUGCAUCUCCACCAGCCCUUUCACAAUCAGACAAAUACUGGGACGGUUGCUGCUGUACCACAACCACCUCAAGUUCGUCCUAGAGUUCGAGCAAGACGAGGGCAAGCGACUGAUCCUCACAGUAUUGCAGAAAGGUUGCGUCGAGAAAGAAUUGCAGAAAGAAUGAAGGCCUUGCAAGAGUUAGUUCCUAGUUGCAAUAAGACUGAUCGAGCGGCAAUGCUCGAUGAAAUUGUGGAUUACGUAAAGUUUCUUAGACUUCAAGUUAAGGUUUUAAGCAUGAGUAGACUAGGCGGGGCUGGUGCGGUGGCUCAACUUGUGGCCGAUGUGCCGCUAUCAUCAGUCGAGGGAGAAGGCAUUGAGAGUGGUAACAAUCAGCAAGCAUGGGAAAAGUGGUCAAGUGAUGGCACAGAGCAACAAGUAGCCAAAUUAAUGGAAGAAGAUGUGGGAGCUGCCAUGCAGUUCCUACAAUCUAAAGCUCUAUGCAUCAUGCCCAUCUCAUUAGCCUCAGCAAUUUUCAGGACACACCAAGCAGAUCCACAAAUCUUAGUCAAGCCAGAAAUGAACACUCCCUAGAUCAUGGCCCCGGUGAUGUUGCAAGUAGCACGUGCUCCAAUCUCAUACUCGACAAUCGUGCUAAUUUGCUCUAUCUUUUCUUAAUUAUGAAUUAAUCAGUAUAAUAUAAUCUAGUCUUUCUAAUUUUUCUUGAUUUUAUGAGGCAUAUUCAAGUAAAUGCAACUGUUUUAAGCUUGAAAAUUGUACUUGAAGUGCUUCUUCUUUGCCAAGCUCAAGUUUGGGGAAAGUGAUUUUCAAAAGCUCAA